AUGACUGAAAGGAAAAUGUGCAAAUUCUACAAUUUAAACGUGCCCGAGCGACGGUCUGGUGAGGCCCAGGGAAUAGCGCAGAACCACGGCAACAACGAAGAUGAUGAUAGGAAUCCCGACGAUCCGUUGGUUCCUUACGUGCCGCCGCACGAACACAAGCUGGAAUAUAGCUACUGGAUGUGGUUUUCAAGGCGGCCCGCCCGAGAUCUUACCACAACACCCACUGGUUACGGCCAGGCGUUACGUUUGGUGGGUCGGGUGGGCAGUGUGGAACAAUGGUGGGGUCUAUAUACACAUCUGGCUAGACCUUCAGAGUUACCUCCACUCUCUGACCUUCAUCUUUUUAAGUUGGGUAUUAAGCCAAUGUGGGAAGAUCCGGCCAAUGUUAAUGGAGGGAAGUGGGUGGUCAGAUUACGUAAAACACAGACGGGUCGUGCAUGGGAAGACUUAUGUAUGGCAAUGCUGGGCGAACAAUUUAUGGUUGGACCAGAGCUGUGCGGUGUGGUACUCUCAGUACGAUUUCAGGACGACCACCUGGCGGUGUGGCACCGGACGGCGUCGGACACGGCGGCGGCGCAUCGCGUGCGGGACGCCCUGCGCCGCAUCCUGCAGCUGCCCGCGUCCGUGCCCAUCGAGUACAAGGCGCACGGAGACUGCCUGCGCGCCACGGCCUCGCGGGCCCCGGACCACGAGCACAGCGAGCCCCCGCCCCGCUCGUAGCGCUCCGCCCCCCUCGCCACUCGUGUGUUCGGUACUCUAGUGCCUCCGGUGACCGCGCGACCGACGCCCGCGCGCUCUCGUCUCUGACCUGAUAUUCUGUUUGCCUCUAUUUUGAAUUUGUGACGAUUUUAUUCUAAUGAUUUGCUCCUUCAUAAAAUUUGACCGCCAGUAUUCGGCGACACGUGCCGCGCGAGGGGACGCCCGUCGCUCCGAUGCCGUGUGCGAACUCGCCUAUUUUAACAUGUUCGACUGUGAAAUUGAGUGAGAUUACGAAUUUAAAGAUUAAUAUGCAGUAAUCCUGACCGCGAGACUCGCGUCGGUGUCGUCGGGAACCGUUGUACAUAAUAAUAUAGUGAAAUAUUGAGUGCAGACGUUUGUUGCAAGGCUCUCGUGAGUAUUGCGCCCCGUACACCUGUAACAGAUUUGUACAGUUAAUUUUUAAAUUUCCCUCAAAUGUGCAAACAAACAAACAAAAGCAAUGAUAAAUAAAGAAUCAGAACUUUUGUAUACAUUGAA